AUGUCAGUCCAUCGUGUACCAAUCAGAGCUGCUCGAACCUUAUCCACUCCCCCACACUGAUCCCCUCAUUUAUCCACUUCCGAGCUCGCCACAACAAAUUGAACCCUAAUCUCUACCCCCUGUUACGCGCAGGAGAAUCUCUCAAAUCUCAGAGGGAGAGUGCAGUCCAGAGAGAGAGAGAUGGCAACUACUGCUUGCUUCUUCCACAACCAUGCUCCCUCCCCAGCCACGGCCACUGCCACCUCCAGGUCUCAUCGCCUUAUGCCGAACCUCCGCUCUACCCAGGUUGUCGUCAGAGCUCAGAAGCAGGCGGCUGCCAUGGUUGAGGCGAACAACUCUGCUGCUGUCUCACGCAGAUUGGCCGUCACGAUACUCAUAGGCGCUGCCGCCAUCGGCACCAAGGUCUCACCGGCCGACGCUGCAUAUGGAGAAGCCGCUAAUGUGUUUGGCAAGCCAAAAACGAACACCGACUUCCUGCCCUACAAUGGCGAUGGAUUCAAGCUCUUGAUCCCAUCCAAAUGGAACCCAAGCAAAGAGGUAGAAUUUCCCGGCCAGGUUCUCCGAUACGAGGACAACUUUGACUCCAACAGCUAUGUUUCGGUCAUCAUCACCCCCACAGAUAAGAAGUCAAUCACCGAUUAUGGUCCGCCCGAGCAGUUUCUCUCACAAGUUGAUUUUUUGCUAGGCAAACAGACUUAUGCUGGAACCACACAAGCUGAGGGAGGGUUUGAUGAUAACCUGGUUGCUACUGCUAAUAUAUUGGAGUCAUCGGCACCGGUGAUCGGCGGAAAGCAAUACUAUUUUGUUUCAGUGUUAACGAGGACGGCGGACGGAGACGAGGGCGGCAAGCAUCAGCUCAUCACUGCAGCUGUCUCGGAUGGCAAACUGUACAUUUGCAAGGCGCAAGCAGGUGACAAGAGGUGGUUUAAGGGAGCCAGGAAGUUUGUGGAGAGCACGGCCAGUUCAUUCAAUUUAGCAUGAUUUUGAGAAAAUGUUUCUUUUGAGGGUUGAUGUGUAAUAUUUUGUUUUGUAAAGUAAUGAGAUUAAUGCUGUCAGAACUGCCAUCUUUGAGUAUCAAAGAACCUGGCUUUUGCAAAA